AUGCAAUCGAAUCGUAUCGUUACGAGAAGUGCUCGUAGCCUAAUUUUGGCAAGGUUUAAUACAACAACACCAAAUGCGAAUUCUGUACAAGCUCCAAAACCUCAAAAUAUAUCAAGUGACAUGAUAGGACCACCGGACCCUGUGUCGAACCUUAGGAGAAUUAUAUUUAAAAAAACAAACGAAGAAACAAAACUAGAAAAAAAAUAUAGAAAAUUAAGGGCUGAAGUUCAAGAAUGGAAUCAAAAUUUUUGGACGCAGCACAAUACGAGAUUUUUUAAAGAGCGAGAAGCAUAUUUAAAAAAUAAUUUACCUGAGGGUAAAUCAAACCUUACAGCGGAUGAGAUGAGUGUGUUUUACAAGGCAUUCCUUGAUAAGAACUGGAGAACACAUCUGUACUACAAUAAGGAGUGGUACAAGAAGAAUGUUACCUUACUAGCAUUAGCCUUGCAAGUUAAGUUAAGAAGAAUAUUUAAAAUAAAAGAUUCCAAAUAA